CCACUUCAGGGGCGCAGACACGUUUUUUUUUUCUGCAGUGGGAAGUCACUGCAGCAUACAUUUGGUGGAUGGUUAACCGUCGCGUUGGGAUGCGUUGAGCUGAUGCAGUUUCAGUGUGUUAGUCAGAACGUGAUAGAUUGUGUGAGCACUCUAAUCCUCUUAAAAGGCACCGGGUAUUAUACUGAGCCUUGGCGAGGCGGUUUGAGACGUCCUGCGGGGCGCCCUUGUAGCUCACCAAAAACUAGAGUCAGCAUCUCUCAAUCAAUCCCUUUCACCUUAGCGCGCGCACAGCUGGAGAGGGAGACCUCGCUUCUAGAAUAUCUGUCACCACUCAGCGGUUAAAGGUCUAAGCCCUGGAUAUCAUGCCUGGACUAUGAAAUUAUUACUAUGCAUGCAAAAGAAAAAGUGUGCUUUCAUCAUCCAUGAACGGUGUAGUUAGACAGAGUAACGCCACUGGCCCAUAAAAACCCAUUCUCAACCAUGCACCUGAGAUAGGCAUAAAAGUCUGCUUUAGGAAUCAACACCUUUCUGGCUGCCAGUGAAAAAUGCAUUUGCCACAAAGACGAAGACUCAAUCGGAGUCGCAUCCUCUUCUUCCUCACCGGAGUGUUACUGUGCUGCGUCUACACUGUGACGUUCAAGGCCCGGCUGGAGGAGCCGUGGAUGGCCCAUCAGGCCGCCAGAGAGGAUCAUGGGACAGUGCUGCCCGACGAGAUGGGUGACAGUGGCGGCAGUGGAACUCUGGAGGCAGAGUCACGAGAGGUCGUGACCUUGAAUCCGUCGAAUCUGACCGAGCUGUACAAUGACGACUUCAUCACCGGGGCUCCUGUAGAGGUCAAGGGUGAUGACAUCGUGGUCAUAACUGUCAACAGGACGGACAUAAAACACUGCAUCUAUGUGGAGGAGGUCCCUGAGCCUCCCGCUAAGCCUUCUCCAACCUCCCCUCUGACUCCUGCCAGCAGCCCCCCUCCCCUGGUGACCCCACCCGGCAUCCCUGAGGUGGUGCCCCACAGGAAGGGAGAGUACCCGGAGGAUCUGUUCACGGUGGAGCAGAGGAGGCAGGGGUGGGUCACCCUCCACAUCUUAGGGAUGGUCUACAUGUUCGUCUCACUCGCCAUCGUCUGCGACGAGUUCUUCGUGCCGGCGCUCGGCGUCAUCACCGUGAAGCUCGACAUCUCGGAGGAUGUCGCCGGCGCCACCUUUAUGGCGGCCGGAGGCUCCGCCCCUGAACUGUUCACCUCCCUGAUUGGCGUGUUCAUCUCCCAUAGCAACGUGGGUAUCGGGACGAUUGUGGGUUCGGCGGUGUUUAACAUCCUUUUUGUCAUCGGAAUGUGCGCCAUCUUCUCCAGAGAGAUGCUUCACCUCACCUGGUGGCCCCUGUUCAGAGACGUCUCCUUCUAUAUUCUAGACCUGAUCAUGCUAAUUGUGUUUUUCCUGGACAACACCAUAAUGUGGUGGGAGAGUAUGAUGCUGGUGUCAGGUUACGUGGCGUAUGUCUGCUUCAUGAAGUUCAACGUUCAGAUAGAGCACCUGGUCAAAACCCAGAUCAACAAACACAAGAGCAUCGUCAAAGUUAUCCUGCCUGAGGAAGAGGAGGAACCCAAGAAGCCAAACAUUGCAUGUCCUCCGACCGAUCCCCCCCAAAACAAUGUCGCACCAGAGCCCAAACGAGAGCCCCAAACUCAAGACACACCCCAGAACAGAGACACAGCAAAAUUGAAGGUAAAGCCAACUCUCCAGAGAGGAGGCAGUAAUGCUUCUCUCCACAACAGCACCAACAGAAACACCAUCUUCCAGCUGAUGAUUCACACCUUGGACCCCCUGGGAGAAGAAACAGGCUUUAGCAGAGAUGUUAGAGGCCCUGGUCAGAGGAAAGCUAGACGAGAAACGACAGCCUUUAAUGGGGAGGCGAUUGCUGAGGGGUCAGUGCAGGAGAGAGUGAAGAAUAGAGUGAAGGCCGAGGCGAUGAGACCAGAUGGAAAGAGGGUUGCCAGCGGGACCGAGGGCAAACCCGCAGCUGGACACGACAAGACCCAGAGUGAGCAGAUUAACUCUGUCAGUGUCCAGGUGUCGCCCUCUGCCCCGACCGAACCCUCCACCUCCCAGCCCCCAGUUAAGGAUGAGGAGAAACCAGACCUGCCAGAGGCAAAGGAGGACCAAGUGCCUGUCGACUCGGCAGGGUCGGACAGCUCGGAGGAGGACGAGAGCGAGGACGAGAGCGAGGAAGAGGAGGAAGAGGAGGAAAACAAAGAGGGAGAAGCGGCAGGGGGGCCGGAUGAUGAUGAGGAGAAUGAGGAGCCCCUGUCGUUGGAGUGGCCAGACACCAGGCGUAAACAGGCCACGUAUCUCCUGCUGCUUCCCAUAGUGUUUCCACUGUGGCUCACUGUGCCUGACGUCCGCAACCCGGCUUCCAGGAAGUACUUUGCCAUGACCUUCAUCGGCUCCAUCACAUGGAUCGCAGUGUUCUCCUAUCUGAUGGUCUGGUGGGCACAUCAGGUGGGUGAGACCAUAGGAAUCUCCGAGGAGAUCAUGGGUCUGACCAUCCUGGCGGCGGGCACCUCCAUCCCUGACCUCAUCACCAGUGUCAUCGUGGCCCGGAAAGGCCUGGGCGACAUGGCUGUGUCCAGCUCAGUGGGAUCCAACAUCUUCGACAUCACCAUGGGCCUGCCCGUGCCGUGGCUGAUCUUCUCCGCGAUCCACGGCGGCGUGCCAGUGGCGGUCAACUCCAACGGACUGUUCUGCGCCAUCGUCUUGCUCUUCGUCAUGCUGCUCUUCGUCAUCAUCAGCAUCGCGGCGUGCCGGUGGAAGAUGAGCCGGGUCCUGGGCCUCACCAUGUUCAUGCUGUACUUCGUGUUCCUGGUGCUCAGCGUCAUGCUGGAGGAUCGUAUCAUCGUAUGUCCCGUGUCCAUCUGAGGUCGACGCCAGAAGAGCAGGUGUUCAGGGGUCAACCGGUUUAUUGAUGAGGGGGGCGGCGUGACGAGACUGAUCCGAAAACAAGAAGAAAAAAAAGAAAAAACGGACUCAUGAUUACACGAUUAUUGUUUGUAGAUCAGUUAGUUAGUCACAGUUUACCCAUGAUGCAUCAAUAAGUGAAUGCUAGAACAGGACGAUUGACAAGGAGAUGCAGCACCUAUGUGAGUUCCGGGAACAUCGUAACUUGCAAAGAUAAAAGCGGCUAUGUCACACUGCGCAGAGCAUCAUGGUCACUGUGGUCAAUCAUGCUACAGAGAGGAAGAAGAGGCGGAUGAAGUGUAGGUCCUCGAAAUCAUCACCGCCAAAACUGUGUACAAUCGUCCGUUACAAUGUAUCCUGGCACAGCGAGUCAAGGGGAAUCCGUUAAUUGUUACAUCACAGAAGUGAUUGUGUGGUCUGUGUUGGGUCUGGGGAUUACAUUCGUCUUUCACCAGAACACCUAUCGCUGUGCCGUUCUUGUCUUCGUCGAAAUGCACGACCGCGGUCUCUUGUGCGGGAGUGGAUGCAGAACUAGCCCUCCAUGACACAAAUACCAUGACCUAGAUAAAUGUCAACACAGCCAGUUUUAUUAUUUUUUAGUGAUUCAUUCUUAACACACAAAGACAACGCGGACGGUUUUACAGGUGCACAGUAGUACAGCAGCUUGACGUCUCAUGUGUUCUUGUGUCCUUAGAGUACCGAUAAGGGGUGUAGUUGAAGCCGCCCAUUUGUGACCGUUGUGUUAUUGUCGUCAGUAUUGUAGAGUCAUAUGUUAUACAGUACCUGUGCGAUACACUUGUGAGGUGGGUAAGGUGGAUGCAAAAGUAAUGUAUUGACCAUAGAAAACUGACCUUAUGCUGUACUUACAAUCCAAGCUGCGAUUAAAUUAUUUUUUAUAAUGUUCAGUAAAA